AUGACAAUUAAACAGACGUCAUUCCUUUUUGAUUGCACGUUUUUACGAGAAGUAUCCUUUGCAGAAUACUUGCAGUACACAUGCAUUUCUCCGAUUCCUGACACUCAACUUCGGAUAAUAAAGAAGGUAGGAUAGGGGUGGAAGAAUAAUUGCUAAAUAUAGCAACAAACUUUGCGAGGAAUAUUAUGUGCUGGUGUACUGGUCAUCUACGUGUGCAAUUGCGCGAAUAUUUCUGAAUUGCUUAUAAUCUUUUUUAUUAUAGAAUGCCAAGAAGGAAUCAUUUGGGGACAUCCAUAGUUUCAUGCAAUACUUUGCGUUCAAACUGGGCGGCUUAGCAUUAAACGCAACUGUUGACAUUACCUACUGGAAAAAGACAAUCUGUCCGCAAAAUUUGAUUCGACUGUCUUCCCUUGAGUUAUGCAAUGUAUGCAAUAAUGCGUCAAUCUGUCCCGCCAAAUCUGUUCCCACUGCCUUACUGGAGUUGGUGAAAAUGAGCGAUGGAGACUUCAGUGCGUUUCUUAAAGAAGGAUUUCAGAAGGCGCCGUCCGCUUACUGUCAUCAGUAAAUACCAGUGAGGAGAAACAGCACGACCAAAAUAGCGGGCGAUUUUUUAAAAGUCUGAAUAAACGAAUCCUUCAUCUUGGCAUUUAAGUUCUCGACUUCGCCGUUUCCCGUGGGGUGAACAGCAUUCCUUGUAUCCUUUUAACUGCAUACAGUAUUUUAGGUCGAAUGUGGUCGAUCUAAGAUAGACAAGGUAUGAACAUGUUUUUUCGGUAAGAUGUGGGUAUGCUGACCCACCAUAUGGACAUAGUGCAGUUGGGGUUGGGAUAAGGGGUUAUUACUGGGUGUUAUAGUGAUUGUUUGGCGUAACGGUUAGAGGUUUGGGUUACGGCAACUAUUUCUUCAUCACUCAAAGUGUAACCGCGCAUUCCCAGUAGAGGCGUGGACUUCUAAACCAACAGGUCGCGAGUUCGAGGCUCGGGUGUUCCACACUUCGGGCAUGGGUAUGGCUGGCUGAGGACGGCUAAUAAGCAAGAAAUGGUCAUUCCAGUCUCCCUUGCCUUUCUCGGUAAUACCAUUCGGCCUAUGUAUCAUGGGCCGCUGUGCGGCUGCUGGUUGGGCUCGAGAAAGAGCCCUUAAGGCAAAACGGAACGAUUGAGUUCUGUAUGAACGAUCGGUGAGCGCCCCCUACCAUUGUAUAUUCCCGAUCAAAAACUGACAUUCUCCUUUGUCUUUGUCGGUAAAACCAUUCUGCCUAUAUAUAUAUGCGUCUAUCAUCGAAUUAGUACUCAACAUGUACUUUCCUAUAUUCUUUAUAUGGCAGAUCACUUCUUUAAUUAUUGUACUUAGUAAAAGGACAACUUUCGUUCUUAAAAACUAUUUAGCUUUGCGAAUUUUCAAGAUUGUACAAUUGUCAUUCCGAUUUCAUCGUUUUUUACUGCUUAUAAAGUACAUCACGUCUCCCGGUGGUAGGUAAAACAUGUUCAGUCUGUCAUGGGUGAGGUUUGGAUCUUACCUGUGUGGACGUGAUAUAAGGGCCAAAAUAAGAAGACCCCGUCAAACCGGAUAUUGGAUCUAAGGGGUUUCAUAGUGGCUGUCACGCAAUACACUGUGGUAACAUCCAAAUGAGCCCUGCCAAUCGCUGUGCAUUUUAGGUUUAUUUGCAGUAUCUGUGUCUCAGAGGUCAUUGCAUUUAAAAUGCGUAUGCUUUAGUUUUUGUCUCAGCGCUAAACGAAUGUGGGAACGUUAUAAAAAGAUUACCAUAAAGCGGAAUUUUUCUGAAGAGUGCAAGCGGCGUAGAGCUACGGCCUAAGGCGAUGAACUGGGGACCGAGCCGGCGGCGUGAGACACGAUUGAAGUUAGACGGCGGACCGCCGAGCACUGUAGCGCCGAGCACGUGUGGCGGCUUUGCUAACGCGUGCGGCCCAAUCAAUGGCUGGUCAAAAAUUCCACACUUUUUCCGCGGGGGGGGGCUAUCGCGCACGCGGUGGCCAACAGCGACCAGCGCGCCCGGGGAAGGAACAUUCUAGAAUGCCCUCAACGGCCGGCACGUCAUUCGACGGAAUGUUCCAGAACGCACAGGAGCCAAUAAAAAUAGCGGAUCAUUCUUACGACCUGUAACCCCUCGUGUCCGCAAGUUACCAGUAAAGUGUUUGUCCUUCGAAUCAGCUCUCUUCCUGUCCUACCUUUCUUACUGGUCAUAACAGGAGCAAACACACACGUGGUUAGCGCACUUUUCGCUCAAGGUAUGGAUUCGUUGUCGGCUUCUGGUAGAUAUAUUUUGACAGAGGGUUUGCAGUAGUCAUUAGUCUUGCGGCAUUGACCUCAGUUGCCACUUCAGACAGGUAAACUUUUGAGAUUUAGACUAAAUAUAUCGCAGUAUCGAAACAAACUGAACAUUGUACUGUGUGUAUAUAUGUGCUCGUUCUGCUCUUCCGAGCAUAGGACCGCUCUUAUGUAAAUCAGCCGGCAUUUUACUGCAGUAAAUUUCCGUAGAAUAAUACACCUGCAAGAGGCUCAGCCCGCAAAACUAACCAAGCGUGUGCACGCUUUCCGUUCACCGGCUGUGACAAUACUACUCAUCGAACCCAUUUCCUUAUCAAUUUUUCAUAGAACACCAGGUUCUAGAGUGUGUUUUUUUUAAAGAGGGUUCUAUUUUGCUUCGUGCAGGAUUAAACCACUUUUUACUUCUGACGGUUUUGUCUGUCCAAAAGAUUAACCACAUUCCGCAGAGCAUUCAAGCAUAGGCUAUACCCUUCUUUGGCUACUUUUUACCUACCCCAUUCCAGCCGCCCAUUACCUAGUCAAAAAUCCCGAUAUGAAUGCUAGGAAUACGUUCACGGUCUUUUAUAUGUUGUGUCAGUUAUUUUGGGUUGUGGAAUUUGUGCGCAUUGUCUUCUUGCGUUUGCCUACUUUACACUCAAACACAUAACCAUACGUAUACUGCCGUACAACCUGCUUAUUCAUUUUACCUCGCAAAGUGCAUGUCAGUAGUGACGAAUGGAAGACAAUAUGCGCAUCCCAGGUUCUUGUUUAAAAGAAGACGAAGGCUCGAUCACUGGAGCGAUAGAUUUAUUGGCUUUCGAACUCGAACUGGAGUUCAUCAUCAGAUAGUGCGAGAGUGCAGCAACGUGUGGACAUUUAUAUCUUAGUUCCAUGCGGGGGAGGGCUACGUCCGCGGUUAGGUAAGGUUUGUGCCGCCUGGUCCAAGACGGUGGGAUGACACCGUUUGUACCUCGCGACGAUGUGAGCUGCGACACCUGACUGUGUGGACGUAGUGCGUGAUAACACGCUGGCAAAUCGAUGAGUUUCUCCCCGUCUUUUUGCCGUCUCGCGCCAAUAUCCACGUGUUGACGAAGUCGAUCUCAUGGCGUUCCUUAAGCCUGUGACUGGCGACAUGAGAUAAUGGAUCGCCUUUUCGAACGGCCCGUUUUUGCUCACUUAUUUGUGAGCUGAGACGUCGUCCUGUCUGGCCAGUGUAGUGGAUAGGACAGUUUUGGCACGGGAUUUGAUAGACUACGCCCGACUGUUCACCUGCGUCCCGCCGAUCCUUCAUUAUCAUGAUACUGCUACGCGUGGUGGCCGCCGGAUGAUGAGCGAUGCCCACGCCUAGCUCUAACGUAAUGCGUUUUGUAGCCCCGGACACACUCUUUUAGUACGGUAGGGAGAGCCAAAUUGUUGGUGUCUCUUUUCCGUUUGUCUAUCGUGGGUGCGUUUGUAUGUAGCGACUGAUAACUAUUUUAGGUAGCCUUUCUUUGUUACUUGGUCCCGGAGAUGCCGCAUUUCUUGCAUCCUUCCUUCGGGCUCGUUACAGUGCGUUUACGCGGUCGAAAACCGUCCUCACACAGCCCCGUUUGUGCACCAAUGAGUGGUUUCUAGGAUAGUUGAGGGCCUGGUUUGCAUUGGGCGUCUUUCUGUACACUCUACUGUUGAGUGUACCGUCAGGUGUUCGCGUAACGAGAAAGUCAAUGAAGAGUAGUUUCUCGUUCUCGUCUUCUCUUGUAAACCGAAUGUCAGGGAAUAUGCUGUUAAGCAAGUCUUGAAAACCCGAUAGCUUGUCCUUUUGAAUAAUUGCGAAUGUAUCGUCCACGCAUCGGCGCCAAAACGCACGUUUGUAGUAGCUGUAAGCAACCGUUUCCAGCUCUUUUAGGACCAAUUCCGCAACAAGGAUGGAUAUUGGGGAACCCAUGGGCGGUUCUUUGAUUUGUUUGUGUGUUCCUCCAUCGAAGGUGAAAAAGGUUCGUUGGCAGAAUGCAGUGUCUGGACCGAACACAGCACCAUACGUAUUCUGCCGUAAAACCUGAUGGUCCAUUUUACCUCAACAAUUACACGUCAGUUGUUUCGGUAACGGAGCAUUUAAAAAAAACAACAAAUAUUUCGAACUUCAAAAAAACUAGAAUGGUUUAAAUGUAGUAGGAUACAUCAUGAAAAAUUACAUCCAACAUGCGACCAUUCGAAAUGACCCUAGUUUCCAGCACAAUCUGUAAAUAAAUCCGACGCGUCUAUGUAGGACAAAUGACAGCAAGAACCGUAAAUCCUCUGAAGCCGGCUUUGCACAAAAAGAUGCAAUAAAUGCAACUUCUAAGCAGGCUGUAAAUUAUUCAGGGUUUGAACCCCAAAAUUCUGCCCUCCUUUAUGCACACAAUUCAGAAAGACGUGAUCUUAUGACACAACGGAUCAAAAGGAUAUCUUGAUUUUUCUUACACACAAAAUACUUUACUUCAUAUGAGUGUCCAUAAUCCACAAACGAAUGUAUGCAAUCGAAAAUUACGCUUUUUGGUAAAUGUACAUAUCGUCGGCGAUCAGGCAUAAGUGCAUCCACAUGCGGAACUUGUAAUCUGGCUAAAAUGAUAUGAAUAAGGUUGCACCGUAAUCGUCAUAACCAAAUUCAUCAAUUAAUGUGCUCUAAUUAAAUAUUAAUCUCAGAAUGUCGUCAAAAAGGGAUUUAUGCUCACUAACUGAUAAGAGUUAUGGCGAUAGAAGUUGUGCUUAUGACCAAAUGAAUAGUGUACAGUCGACUGUUGUACGUCGUGAUUACCACUAUUGCAUAUAUAAGUAGUAUAGCGUCAUCUGGAGUUUGGAUUUAAAGGCAUUGCGUUUCUCACGGAUGCAGAUGGGAAACGCAAACUAUGAGUAGUCAAACAAUUAGCAACUAAGACAUUUGCCGCGACGUUUCAUCACCCGGAACACUGACUGAUAAUUUCUAACAGUCCAUCUGCGCAUGACACGCAUGGUCUGGUCCGCGAAAUUUCUCCAAACAUUAAUGGGGAGAUGACUGUGAUCUGAACGUCGUGCGACAGCCACGGGGCCUAGACGAAGAGGAAGCCAUUCAGAUUUGAAGUGGCGUCAGAUUCUAGCUGGAAGUCGUGUCACUUCUGGCGAGUAAACAAUCGGAUGUCCUUCGUUUGGGGAGAGUAAAGCGCCGUGAGAUUUACUUAGUGUUCGGCCGUAUUAGGCAAAUGAUUAAUUUAGAAUUUGUAAGGUGACAGACAUAGAGGUAUGUCUGCCGUUUGUCCACACAAUCAUCUUGAGUGAGGUUUACUUUGUAAACGCCCGAGGUCGUUGAAAGACAUCGGGACACAUUUGCUCAAAAUAGGUUUUCCAUGCUUGUUUUCAGUGUAUUCAGUGUAUUAGGUAAGGCUAACGGGCUAUGCGUUGGAAAAAGGUUUUCAUGCAUCGCCAAGUUGUUUUGUCCAUGUAGCUGAUUGAAACCUGCAAAGUUGAUCGUUGAGUCAGUACAAAACAAGUGAACUGUUUUACAUUAUGGAAGAAGUAGCACAAUGGAUACUGGAUACGCAUACAUAGUACGGCAUCUAAUGCCAUUCGGGAGACCACUUUCUCAGAAUUGUUGUUUGGAUGCAUAUCGACUGUGGCGGAGGAAUAUCGUGGACAUUAUUAUCGUCGUGUUCUGCUGAAUUCAUCGAUUGCGGCCGCUAACUGUGACUUAUACAACAUGUAUUUGUGGGCGCAUGCAAAUAGGUGGUUUUAAAAUCAAUGCGGCAGUUGACAGUCGCUUACUGACUAAGGCACACUUUGCCAGGAUAUUUACAUUAAGGUUUAGAAGGCUUAAUGUCUACACUCGUCCAAAUCGCAUGUGUGGGAGCUCUAGAAUGUCUUAGAUCCGCAUCUAGCAAUAUCCAAUCUAACGGAAUGUCAACCGUAAUUCUAAAAUGUGUUUACAAAUAGAAGGAAUUAUUUAAUGGGAGUUUCCUAUUAAUUUACUUGCAGCAUAAUUCUGUAAUAUUUUAGCCGAUCCAGGAUGGCCGUUUACGGAAGAAUUUCUUUUCGAUGGCCCUUAUAAACCGCACUUCCAAAAUGCUUGCUUUGAUCUUACGAAUUUGCUUGUAGACUUGUUCUCUCCCCACAAAGGUCUAAAUGAAUUCUAAGGAAAAAAUAAUAAAAAUUACAUUUUUUAACUCCUUGUCAGGAAAUCAGUUCUUAUUCAAACUGCAUACACGAAGAUACAGUAUAACUUUCAAUUCAAUAGCGUUUUGAUUUCUAAAUGUUCAUAGGUGUAGGUGACUAACUAGGUCAAUUACUAAGGAAUUCCUGCUUCGGCAGUCAACUUACUGUAUCAGAUUUGGUGGACUCCAGACCUUUCAGUAGGUUUGGCGCGUAACUUGACCCACAUAUGAUUAAACUCGCGCCGUCCGGCGGAGCCUAAUAGCUCAAGUGGUUAGAGCGUUGGCUGUACUAAAUCCUGCCCCUAACUGUGCGGUUUUGAAUCGCAUCGAUACGUCCAGUAUUUUACAGUUGGAUAGCUAUGCAUUUCUAAAAGCUUUUAAGUCCGCUCUGCAGUUGCAUUCCCUAUAUAAAUUGCGUGUAAAGAUAUGUGUUGCUAAGAUAGUGUCAUAUAUGUCUCAAAGGUUUUACGAUAACUUUAGUCAAUACUGUCCGCUUCAGUAAAAAUAUUCACAAACAUAUUAGUAUGAUGAUAUUCGAGUGGACCUUUAAUGACCGUGAAGACCCUUAGAAUUGCAAACGCUUUUUGGACCGUCAGACGUAUAACAUUUGGAUAUGUGAUUGACUGCAAAAUCAUUACGUAUAUGCGACUACCUGCAAUUAUUAUACUUGCAUAAGUUCACUGUUUAGUCAGUGCACAUUUUUGUCAUUGAGUCUCGCCACACCUUAGUAAGUAAAAGUAGGCACGAAAAAACCUUCAUUUGGCGGCGGCCAAACAGGCGGCCACAGGCUUACCUUACAGCUACCUGUCGUACGGAUGUUUGUUCAAUAGGUGUGCUAGUGGUUUUUUUGCCAGAUAUUUGACCACAUUUUGACAGAUGUGCAUGUUUAAAUGCGUAUGUUGAACAUAGACUCAACAGCUCAUCCAUAGGUUUACUUUAAACAUGACGCUUUCUUUUCAGAAUCUAAAAUCCGGAAUUUAUAAUGACCCGAUGAACGAAAUCAUCUAUACACGUCACAGACUCCACGGUCUUACAUUAAAGGCCACUGUCGACAUCACUUACUGGGAGAAGGAAAAUAACCCGCCAAAUAUGACUCGACUGUCUUUGUUAGAUAUGUCCCACGCAAACACGAAUACUGCAGGCAGUUCAUACAAACUCGCCGACCCCGAUUUAUUAAACCUGGUAAAUAUGCGUGAGACCGAUUUCUAUCUAUUUAUUACAAGGAAUUUUUUAAGGCCCUGUCCACAUAUUGUGAUCAGUAACUAUUACCUGUAUGAAACAUUGUGAGUUCUUCAAAACAUUCGACUUCCGCAAUCUAAAAAUUCAGUUGAAGAAAUUUUCGUUUUUGAAAACAUUGUUUUCUUUGUCAGACUGCUGCAAAUAUUGAGUGCUAGUAACUGCAUGGCGGAUGAUGAACAACAUAACUAUCCGUUAAGUAAUGGACUGAAACAUGGUUAGUCCACUAACGUGAUGAAAAGUAAUUGGCAAUUGCUUGCGUUUUAAGCCGUGUUCUUGCAAAAACCUCAGAGACAACGAAAGGAUGUAGGACCCACAAGUAACUUGAGCUAGCUAGUGGAACGUGCCAAACGUUCAAUGCUAGUAAAAGGGCGUUUUAUGGGUGGGGCAAUACAUAUAGCGGCAAGCAAGAUCACACAGAAAAUAGAAGAGUUUCUAUCAAAAUUCUCAUAGUACGCUGUCAUUUAGGUAAGGGCUUGAGCGCGAAAAUUAAAAAAAAUGAGAAACAAGCAUUUUUAGAACUAACGGACUUUGGAUAAAGCGGCGCUGGUAAGUCGUCAUUUAGUCAGGCAUUUAAACAUACUUUAAACAUUAACUACGGCGAUAUUUUUAGUCACGGUCGAUUUUAGGAUAUACAUGUGUAGCUUCCACAUACCUGUGGACCCUACGCUUUACAGUUACCAUCUCAAAACAAAAGCAAAAAUUUCAGACAGAGUACUGCACGCAGAAAUUAUUUAGUCUAGCAGAGGGUUCAGUAUGUCUUACUUACUAAAACUAUCAUACGGUAAUGUUGGCAUUUUACCACUUAACAUGGUGUGGAGACGAACUGCAUACCUGAGUGUAAAAUAAGAUGUGUUGUGGAUAUGCAGCAGUGUCAAGUGUGAUCAUAAAUGCAAACGAGCCCAGUAGAGUAGACGAGUCCAAGCAUGUGAGUCAACGUGAGCGUAUGAUAAUAUACUAUAUAGAGGAGAAAAACAUGUCCAAGCUCAUACGGUAAUUUCAUUUCUGAGAUUCAUUAAUCUACAUGAAGAAGUUAUAGAAAUUUUGCUUUCUCUGAUGGAUACAGUUUCUACCAUGGCAGGCAGCCUGUUUUGCGGAUGAUGGAAUAACGAUGACGAACAUUGUUUGUUAAUUACCAAUUCUAUCGGUGUCAGUUUAGCUCAAGGUUGAAAUCAGUCUUCUGCACUAACGUCAGAACGUAUGCCUGGAAUGCAAAUAUUAUAAUUCUAUUCUAGGAAGUGCAUGUUCAAAUUUCCUAAAGUUUUCCCAUACCACCUUGUACAAACAUUUUACUUGCGCAAUUUUCCGUAAAUAUCCUUGUAGGCAACCAUGCCCUCCGUUUGGAACUCAUUUUUAAAGACCGCCUUAAACGGUAAAAAUAGUUUGAUGCAUGAUUCAGUAUGACAUUUGUACGUCCUUAACCCGCUUCUGCUUCGGAAGUAUGUCAGAUAACUAUGGUCAUCUAUGUAGGACUUCUCAAAAUGUUUAAGCUGAAGCGCCCAAGGACCCCUCCACAGUUUAGUGCUGGUGUUCGAUCCUUCGUCGGCGCUUAUUUGCGUAUCUCUGCACCACAUCUUUUUAGGAAGAAACGUCUUUUACUUUUGAACCGUAAUGCCUAAUGCGAACCGCCUCCCAGUGGAGGCGCUAAAGAAGGCGCUGGUUUGUAGACUUAAUUUAUGAUUCAAAAUGGCUUAGGUGGAGGAAAAGGGACAAAGAGGUGAACAAUAAACUUUACUUGGUAGCCGCCCAUGGGUUUCCGCCGAAGCACAUAUUUGUCUUCGGGUGCGUACUCGAAUCAUGGGUGGUCGGACGACGUAGUAUCGAAUCUGCUGCAUGAAGCAUGACACUCAACCGACGAUUCGAUGUAUAUAUGGAUCGAUCUGGCCACCAAUUAUCAAACAUAUUGCAAAAAACAACUGCCUAGCUGGUAUUAAUUCUCGGCUGAGAUGAGGACUUCAGAUGUGUGGUUCUUUUACCCCUAGACCUCGGGCUCAAAUACGCAUCCGAAACAUGAAUGAUCAAACUACUUGUCCCUGACAUCAACGUACCUGGGUAGAUCAAGCUGACAGCCAUUAAUCGCGGGUGGUAAACGGUCGCCAAUGUUUUGCAAACUAGAUUUUCAUAAUUAGCAGUAGGUUAUAGCGGCCGAGAACUGUCGAAGGACUGUUGAAUGCGCUCUUAUAUUCUCUAAAAUUAGGCUGUGGCGCAGAAAUUUCAAUUAAUCCUCUUAGUUAAAUGUCAGUAAUACUUUGACAGCAUACAUGAAAACGCAGUCCAGAAUAUCGCAGCAGCUAGAAGCAUGGAAGCGCAAGGGUCAUCAUGACCUUCAAGUUCGGUCGCGAAUAAAAAGAAUUGGAGGUGGAGGGCAGUUGCUACAAUGGUGUAUUCUUCACAAAAUAACUUGAGAGGCGUUUGACAGGAGUUGGCAAUCGUGACAGUGCCGACAGUGGAACAGCCCUCCAGCGCCUUAGGCGAGGUCAUGUCUGCGUCCGCCUCUAAGAUGGUUGGUCAUUUUGAACAGCAAGCGUUGGCUGAGGGCCAGGCUGCAAUAGGUGCGCGCUUACAAGUUCUGGCGAGAGGCCCAGCAUUGCUGCAUGCAACUAGAGUUACGCCACUAAAAGCACAGUUAUAAUGUCAUAGAUGUAGAGCGCAAGUAGUAAAAGAAAAUCCAUCACACGUCUAUGAAAACUGCUGCCAAUAAUUCCAAAAACAGGCCAAGUAUUUGUCUAGGAAAAACAGACUAUUUUAAGGUGUUUUAAUAAAACAGAAAUUCUAUUUAAGCAUAUGUUACUUAUCUUCUAACUGAAAUUCAACCGCAAAGAUUAAUAGGUAUUGCAAGGCAUUUGUAAAUGAAUUGAUAAUUAAAUGAAUUGAAGAAGGAGAAACGAUUGCUGGGACAAGAGCAUGACGUUUAUGAUUCCUGCUCAAACCCAUAAUCAGAGACGAAAACAGAUUUGAAUGGUUCAUACACAAGGGGCUGCAGUAUUUAUAGGAUGCAGACGCCAUGCUACUGCAUACCCAUGAAUGUUCACGGCUUCCCCCUUCAUCCGGGAUCGUCGCACUUGUUGGGCUAAUUGUUUGAUAUCCUACAUUCGAGUCAAUAAUUUCAUCACGUGCGUUGUGUGUUGGUGUGAUGAUUGCUCGACCAUCUGGCGCACCGACUCUGGUUUUGGGAAAAGUGCUCAAUCGUGCGCUCCCCGCGUGGCUAAUUACUCCGCCUAGGCGAAGUCUCAGCACCAAGUAUGGAAAGGGAAGUUAAUGGACUGAGGGCCAGUAAACCAUGAUCCAAGUAGCCCCCGGCUUACGCGGUUGUCACCUCUUGCGAGUUUUUCGGCCUCCUCGAAUUUGAAUGUUUGGCCGGAUCUCGUCGAAUGAGCCGCAACUUGAGAACUGGCGUCAUUUCUCCGCACCGCUGCAGCGUGUUUGGCCAUUCACAUUCGGAACUGUCUUCCGGUUUCGCUGACGUAGUUGCUUUGUCCGCAACUGCACCAGAUCCGAUAAACGACUCCAUACGUUUCUUAGUGUGCCAGUAGGUCUUUCUCCGUUUCUUCGCUUCUUUUGUCAAUUAACUGAAUUAUCUAAUCAUAUUGCACGACGGAAGGGUCUGGAGCCGGACUGGGUUAUUAAAGCGAACUUCUAAAAUUUUGCCAAUUUUAGUUUUAUUAAAUCAUUAAGGUCCAGAUGUUUGAAGGCAUUUUUGAAGACAUAUUAGUUAGUAGAUCGACUGUCCGCAGAGGCCUCCACGCAUUAGCAUUAGGACUAAAACGAGGGGAUUUUGCUGCGACAUAAAUCGUCUACAGCCCAAAGACAAAUGGGUAAAACAACGCGUAAACUAUUCUUUUCGAGACAAUCGUUUUUGCAUCGGAUCGUGACCGCUGACGAAAGUGCAUUUUUUAUCAUUAAACUAAAGGCAAAUCCCUGGGUGACGCCUAGAUAAAUAUCAAUACCAACAUCAAGUCGGAAUCCCCACGCAAGCAAGGUCAUAGAGACUUUCUUAUCUCAAACAAAAGGAAUUGUGUAUAAUGCGAUGCCAAAUCCAUCGGAAAAUAUAGUGCUGAUCAACACCAGCACGAAGUAACUCAUUUCAAUUGUCACUGAAGAACAAAAAUAAGAAUAUAAUGAACGUAACAAUAAGAUAUCCUUUUGAUAGGAAAACUCUAGGCCUCAUGGGGCGAAAUGAGUAGAGGAAAAUGUAAGCAUUUUGUUUGGAAUUCUAUCCCACGCCGUAUUCAACUAACAUGCUUAAUCAGAUUAUCAUUCGAUCCCUCCUAACCAUGUGACCAUGUUGAGUAGCGCUGCAGCACCAAUGGAGGAGGUAUUUUGCUGGCGGACGACCUAACAUCGCCGGCAGUUUUUUUCUAACAUUGAAUCGAUCUGUUAGCCAUAAAGUGGAAAAGGAACAGCAUCAUCAACUGGAAAAAGUUGAAAUAAAAUAUAGUGUAUGGGCAUCUGGAGGCAAACGUUAUCUUAAAUCGCAUAUGCGUCACGAAUUAUUAUCUACUUACAAUUACUAGUCGACCUUCAUCCUAAUAUCGGAUGUUUGUUAAUUAUGGAAGCUAGGCACCAAUCGUCGUCGCUUUCCUUUUGAGUCUCUGAGGCAUGUCUUUCAAGUCUCAGCGGCAUGUAGCGCAGAACGCCGUGGGUUUACCUGCAGACGUCAGCAUGGGUUAUAGGGCUUAUUCACGCACAUGUAGAAAGCACGUCAUCCACGGGUAGACGGUGUUUUCUUCCCUCGGCAUAACGCAACCUUUAUCACCAGAGAUCUUCGAAAGCGCUAAGCGUCGUAAGUGAAAAGCGUUAUUGAUUUACUGCUGAAGACAGCAUUAGAUUUGAUUGACAUAAGAAGAGAAUGCAGGACAGGCGGCGUAGUGCUGGUUUGUCUGGAGUUUUCGGGCGAACGUAAAGAGGUCAGAAAUAUUUUGUGUACUGGCGCAUGUCUGGAUUUGCAAAAUUAGUCGGCUUCUUGAAAUGACAUGUCUCUUGGUCGUCCUGUCGGUCAGGUCGUCGCAGGCUGCUAUGGUUCUGCUCUGAAUUGGCGUCGCCCUUAGCACGAAUUCUAGCCACUCCAGGCGAGUAAACAAUCUCAAGCCCCUGAUUAGGUGAUCAAGAUUAUAGUUUGACGAGUGUGGCUGGUCUCACUUAGUGGUUAGCCGUAUUCGAUAGAUGAGCUGAAGCUUAAUCACUCGGAAAGUCUGAGGAGGCGAACAACCUCUGGGCGCAUAAAGGACAUGAAUGACAUCUGUACAGACUCUCGUAUUCAGUGAGGUCCGUGACAGUGUUGGUAGUUUUACUUUUGCUCAUGUUGAAUCGCAAGUUGCAGAGGGCAUGCGUGUUUGUCAAGCGUUCCCAUACUUUUUCAAAAUGUUUGGUCGUUACAACCGAUUAAAAUUUGCAGAUACGUUUGGGUAGUACAUUGUAGUAAGCGGACCGUCCUGGGGUUCCAGCUGGGAGACUAGUUCCUGACUAACGUCGGCGCGCUUGAUUAAUGAGAUAGAAACGGGGUCGCUUUAUCCUUUCCUGAAUAGUUAGACUUCGAUUUAGGCAUCGGGCGAUCAGAAAAUAUGCCAAAGCACCAGGGAUGAUCCGAGCAGUCAAAGAAAGCACAACAGAUAAACAAUAAAUUGGGAGGGGCGGGUAUGAAAAGGGGAGAACAAGGAGAGUCAGAGGCGCGGCAAGUCUCAGGGGGUAGAAGGGGAAGAGAUAACGCUUGCUGGUCAUGAAAAUGCUUUUGGAGGUACAGUAUCCACAGGGUCUUGAACGGUGUCUUGAUGUAGUCCGCUGUACUAUCCUGAAACGCCAGAGAGAAGACGCACACUCAAACCACGGCACAAAACCUCCUGUCUCCUUUUGCCCGCUCACCCGUUGUUCUUCCUCUUUCAAACAAACCUGCCUUUCCGGUUCUUACCACGUCAAAAAGAAGCGAACUGUUUGCACGUUAUCAAGGAAUUGACAAAGUAGUUGUUGGACGUGCAGGAGCAGGAUGGCAUUUGGUGCUAUUGAGGGGAAUGUGUUCAUAACCCCUGGGACAUCAACGCUCCUCGGAUAUAUGCUAACAGUGGCUGCCGGUUUAAGUGCAUAUAAUCAUCUCAUUUUCUUGAUUUGUCAGAGACUGUUUGGUCCGCUGUCGUGCCAAUAAAAACAGUAUCAGGGGAAGUCAUUAUCCUGUAUCGGCGUCACUUUUAUUCUAUGUACUGUUUGAAAUGAAGUCUAAUCAUCCGACCUCAUGAAGUGUUAGCAGAAAGUCAACUAGUCGUCUUCGACUAGGAAGAGUUACUUACAUGGAAUUGUAGCAUUGGUCACCACGCAACAUAAACUCGCGAUAUUUCGGUCACAACAUAGUGCUGUCUUCAGAAUGCGUUUUUCCGGUCCCCUGCAAAACCACACUCGCUAAAAUAGCGCGCGUGUAUUUCAAUUGACUCGCGAUACUUAAAUAAAUUCAACUGUAUGCGUCAGUGAUAUGUGCGCUAAAAGUUCUAUAUGUUGCAGUUUUCAAAACGAUUGUUCUAUUUUCCUUACCUAUGGUUUAUUGUGAGUUUAGACCUUUCCUGGGACGGAGCACGGACAUUUAUGUGUGCCGAUAUAAACACUCCAUGAAAUGUUCUAACACCUUCCUUUUCACGAAAACGCGUGAACACCAAACCGUCGAUUUUAAUCUAACUAAUGUAAAAUGCUCCAUUUCGUGGAUCCCACAGGAGUCAACAGUCUCCUUCGGUGUACCAUUGUGGCAAAUCCCUAAGCAGUUAAAAUUAAUUAUAUAUGCAGGAACAGAUUUCCAUUUGUUUCAAUAGCUGCCCGACAAACGCCUCGUUCAAAUGUACUCUAUUACGGUAAUAAUUGAAAGAAUACGCACGGAAAUGUCAAACCUACGCAAAAUGCUUAUUAUUAACUGAUAUCCACCUUGCUAGUGUGUCUUUAGUUUAUUUCAGUAAUCGUCUGGCGUCACUCAGUAGGCCAUGUUAUUUUUCAACCAACGUGGGCACCUGCUAGUCUACAUAGAAGAAGCAGGCCUCACUUUAGUUCACAGCGCUGAUCUUUGUUAUGCAAAACCCGAAAAUAUAUAGCAAUUAAAGAUCAUAGGAAUAUAAAAGCAUGCGUUUCAAUUGAAAUCCAGCUAACAAACGACCGUAUGACGACAUGACCGUAGACGUUGUCACCGACAACAGUAAUAGACACUUUACCAUGAUCAAUCAAUGUUAAUCCUGUCCGGCUGCUAUAUACCAGGAGUCCAAACAAGAAUCCGAUGCGCAGCUUUUGGUUUUGUACCCAAAGAUCGUGCAUACACAUUUCGAAAAAAAUAACGAUUUCUGAAACUAGAACGUCUAAAUCACAAACAUGGUUUUCCACCAGACAUCCACUUUUAUUUGGCAUUGUACAGUAGUAAUUUGAUAAAAGCUGAAUUUCUGGGCGUUUUACCGGCCGAAAUCCGGAUAUUCAAUAUCGCCGAAGAAUGAGAAACUAUCGACUUUGCAACGGACCAAUCAGAUGCGCCAUCUUGCCAGGAUUUAGGCCUAGUCAGACAUGAAGUUUUAGCCGGGUCCUUUCAAGUGGACCACGACCAGACAGCUAGUGUUAUUCCCUCACGCUGCUGCUCCUGCUGCCACUGCAUGUUCGGUCAUUCGCGUCUGGGGUUUCCAUUUAUUUGCGCCGGUGUAACCGCUUUGUCUCCAACACCAGCAGAUCAGGCAAACAGUCGGCGGUGUUGAUUACAAAACGCCCAUUAUGAGAGUCGUCCGCAAGCAUAGCAGAGAACAUGAGAAUGAAAAGGGUAGGAGCAAUUGCACAGUCCUGUCUCAAAAGGAAUGCGUAACUGGCAUCCACCGCCUUCAUCUGACCCUGUUUCGAAAAACCGGUUUCGCUGAGGGCGGCGAUGUUCACCUUGUGGCGCACCAGUUUUCGAAUCAUUGAUGCCGUUCUCCUUGCCCAUCGGAUGCUUAGCGGUUCGUCUAAAAUAGGAUUUAUUUUGCUGCUUUGACCGUGGGUUUUGCAUCUAGAAAUCACAGUGUCCUUCCAAAUGACGUGAUCACGUUGUUAGUUUAUGAAACCUUGUUCAGCCCCCUCCCUGCGAGGAGGUAGGCAGUGCUGUCCCUAAACGUUAAUGCCUAGACAUCGCAAACGGCUGUCAAAUUUAACUAGGAGUCAAAGCUUUGUUUAAUGGGAGAACAACUUGAGUUAGUCUGGGCCACCCAUGGGACUGCAUGUCAUCGUCUCCAUAGUUACUUUUGAAAGUGGGAAUAAAAUAGGCCGAUGGGAGCGAAAUCAUAUUUAUGGGCGUGGAAACACACUGAUGGGUAUUCCGAGUCGGUUUAUUUCACCAAUUGGAACGAUUACGGGAGUGUGGCCUUCAGUCAGAGCCUGACUACACAGAGCCAGGGAAGAAGGGUCGUGUGGAGCAGUCGCCAUUUGCAUGCUAUGAAUCGCCACACCUUUGUGGUUUGUCUCUAGUCGGACGAUGCUCAUCCCUAUUCUUCUACUACUAUUGCACGACAGUUUUUGCGGAUACACUCAGUAUUUGGAAUAACCUUUUUAGGGUUGUUAAUCGUCGCAAACCGGUCCCGCUGUAAGUAGGAAUUUUCUUUAUUUAUGAAUUCAGGACAGCCUCCAUAUAAUGUCGCCUCCAUUAAAGUCUUGAUCCAACGGAGAGGAACUGUACAUAGUUACAUUAAUGUUGGUGAAUUGGUUCGUUCGCAAAGGGCACUAUGUCAUGCUUGACACUACCAGGUGGCGUAAUAAACUUCGUCUACAAUAAGCGUUUUUCCAGUUUGCAAAUAAAGAUUCGCGUAUUUCUGUUUUCAGAUGGGCUUAAGAGGCCUCACUCAAAUUUCAUGGGCGGUCGGUUUGAUAUCAGGACUUAAAGGUUUACUUUUACGGGUACGGGUUUUGCUUAAGGUUGGGAGGUUUGGGGUUGAUGUUAUAGUUACUGUGAUAUUUAGACAUGGGUCUAAUUUCACCUCCGAAAUCUCGCGUCAGACCGCCUGCAGUGCGGAGAUACAUUUUUUCAUAGCCGUAUGCAACAGCCUUAGCCUAAAUGUCUUUACCUUUCACGCAUAUUGUCGAAAGUUCAAAACGAUGCUUACAUUGGGAAGUUUGAAUGCUCAAUCUCAUAACAUAUCGGAAUUGUCACUUUGCCGCAAUCAUGCAGUAGUCCGAUUAAACGGCCCUGUCUGGAUUCUGACUAAAUCGGUAUCGAUAUUCUGAUAAUAAGUGCCGUCUUUGGGAAUCUUUGAAGCUGCUUCAGUGGCCUCUACUUGGUUGUUUGUUCCCCUAUCACUGGCCAGCAGCGGUUUGCUCCAUGCAGUCAUGAAAUAUAACCAUCUGCAACUCUUUAAGUACUGCAAGUGGGUUAUCUGAUUAUAAUGACACUACACUGUGGGUAUGGGCGUAGGUGCGGUUGAUAAGCGAGACAGGAUGCAUGUCCAGUUGGGCCUUAAAUAAAUCCACACUUGAGAACAGAACAACAUCAGCAUGCAUGAGUUUCACGCUGCAACCACUAUGCUGUUGAAGAAAAACCCUUGUCCAUCAAUCACAGCUUUCUCUGUUUGUGGUUUCAGAGACGACCAAAAACAAAACAACAUUCCAAGCCAUUUAUAGAGCGGAAAACUAGCAUGAGAUCCCCUAACAUCUGUCUGUAGGUAAGGACAACGAGGUUAAGAAUGACUUCACUACAGCUGCGAUUUUGCUGACUGAUUUGGCAUACGCCGUGUUAAAUGAGGUUUGUGCAUUAACACCCCAAUUCGAUCCUCUGUCGACUCCCUCGCAACAGGUGGUAUACCAGCUUGUCGUUUUCAGGUGACGUUGGAACAGGCGGCCGAUGUAACUCAUUCUCUGGUGUGGCUUCGUGAGUUCAUUGGGCCAUCCGCAGGUGAAGCAGUUUAGCACCGUUCUCGUCCAUGAACUCGCAAUACCUCGUCUUCUCUCGGUCCAUCCUCUGACGGUAUUUGCGAAGCGCGUAAGGCACAAGCAGUUCGCCGAUAUUACUGAGUGAGAAUGAACACCGUCAAGCGAAUAAACGUCUGCUUACUGAUGUCGCAUCCUCUCAAUAAAUUGUACAUGGAACUUCCUUAUUCGUUUCUAUAACCAUGCAGUCCGUUUGUCCACACGCUAGCUGUCAGUCGUUUUGAACUAUGGACAAUUUUAACAGUUGGCUCUAUUCCGGCAUUUAAAUUUGGACUGCGACCUCUCGAUAAAAUGAUCUGAAUGACACGGAAGUUCACCAGCAGAGGCCAGGUUUUCGGAAGUGUCGUCAAUUCUUUAACUUCCUAUUGGGAAUGGUGCACAUGAGUCACCUGCUUGGAGACAGUAACGCGCAAAAAGAAAAUGCCAUAUUAUGAGGUACAUUUUAAUUCUAUUAUUAUUCAAGAAAGUUGUCUGCCUUAUGACUUGCAAAGUUUUCUACUGCUAAUAGUUACUGAUUACAAUCUACUAUUUGAAAGGUCAGGAAACCCCGCCUUAGAAACCAAUACAAGUCUUUAGCAUUCAUUUUUGACAGUUUUAAUAAAUCCGCGUUAACGAAUUCAUAAGCACAUUGUGCAAAAUUUGAAACUGUAUCACAAAUUUCCAGGUAAGACAAUCGAAUCAUAUUUGGGAGGUUGUUUUCCUUUUUCCAAUAUGUUAUAUCGAUAGUUGCCUUUUAUGAUGCACCAGGUAGAUUAAAUAUAAAAUAUCUUCCAAAUUUUCGGAAACCACUACGCAUUCCCGAUUGCAAACUCUGAAAAAAAGAAAUAUGUUCAUAGUAUGAAAGCAUGAGUACAAUAACAAACAGGAGGAUAAAGCAUUAUGCACGUAGAAAUUCGUGUAAAAUUUUCUGACAUGGUAUGAACUUCUGGUUCCAUCCUUUUGCUUACCUCUUUGUAUACAUGAAUUUGAACGUUGGGAGUUUGAGAUAUACAUGUGUACUGUACGUAUCUUGCAGGCGAUAUGUCACGGGAAAAUGCGCAUUCAAAGAGAAACGAUGACUGCGCGAUUAUUAUUUGGAAGAUAAGGCGCGCUCGUUCACUUGGCAGCCCUUUCCAUAGACGGCGUUGAUAUGCUCGUCGCACCAGGUAUUCGGCGACCUCACUGGGGAUGAUAUCGUCCUCAUUUCGCGGGCAUUUGGGCACUUCUGGAAACACGGAUAUGCAGGAAACUGGUAAUCCAGUUACAAAUAGGAAGGUCUAUCUCAGACAUAACGAUUGAUAAGCAUACGAGUUUCCACUAUCCAGUAAUCUCCAUUCCCAGCAUUCGUAUCACAUAGACUUCUGCUGUUUACGGCUUCAUACCUUCAACGCGUACGUUUCGGCUUUUUGACCAAACCCGAGUCACACAAUUAUAAGUCUUUCCAGGAAGUAGUCCGCAGGUAAGCAGUGCUCACUUUACUUGGCUGUCAGACAGCCACCAAAACGAUAAGCGCCUAUUUGCGAGAUAAGUUAAGCUCUUCACGUAUCUUUUCGAAAAAUGUGGGAGGUUAUUCGCCAGACUUUGUUGUCCAAUGUGGCAAUUAAUUUAAAUGAUUUAUUUUGUGUCAUCCGUCUGUUAUUUUGCUGCCGGUUUUUAGAAAGAAUAAAAGAGAGCUAUAACUACAGAGCAAUCUCAAGUGCUCAUAAUGCACGAAAGCAGAUAAUUUAUCGUUUUCAAUAAGGCUACUUACACUUAAUUAAGCUGGCCAGACACCUUACGGCCGGUAGGACAUAAGCGGUCCGCGUUAAACAUACAUGAAAUUUAUUUGACAAACAAUGUAAGACCAUUGCAUUAAGAUUAAUCGGCACCUCACACGCUUAGACUUCUCUGUUUAUGUUAACUCAGAUUGGAAAGUCCUAAGUUAUCUAAAAAGGGAACUUACGUUUCAGGAAUAAGCAACAUUCCGUACACUGAAACACAAAGUACAGCAGGACGAGACAUUCCAUCUUUCCAUCAAACAAGCGCAUUUCUUAGAUUUACAAAUUACUGCAGAUUCAGCAACUAGUGAGACGUGAGAAAAGACCGCCCUAGAAUCACUAGCCGCGUGUAUGGUACUUUUGCAGUGGCUUGUUUUCAUAGAAAGAUGUGCACAACCGCAUAAUGUCUAAAUUUGCAUUAUGUCAUAAGCUUGAAAACGAGUCUCAUAUCUUAUGCAAAAUAGGAUUAAUCGGUUAAUGUCUUUGUCAUCUGACAUUUACACGUUUGCGGACCUAGGUGACAGGGUCGAGUUAAGAGGUCAAAGCGUAUAAUCAGUUGGUGACAGGUAUACCGUCGUUACCGACGAUGCCCAACCUGUGCUUCCGAGCAGGGUGAGGUCGUGAUAGUAACUUGUCCACUAAUGAGUUAAAAGUUACAGUAAACCUGCGAUGCAUAUGCCACAAUCUCGCCUCCUCCAAAUUUACACGGUGGUGAGCGCAGGUUGUUGGCACAUCGUACCGCUACAUUCACUGGUCCACAACGUACACUGAGUUGGGUUUUAUAUCCCAGGAGAAUCAGGGGGACAGCACAGAUACCAUCUGCGCCUCCCACAGCACCCCAACGUUGGAAUUUGUCAGGUGUACACAUACCGAAUAACGCCCAAUGGAGUCCGAUCUAGCCGCAGUGAUGAUCCAGCACAUCUACCGUGUAAACUGUCAUAGAGGCACACACUACGGUGAUAUUAUGUAUUCAGUGGCCCGCAAUUUGCUACAAACUGUGGAGUAAAUGCCAAUUCAGUUGAAUUAUUGCCGACCGAGGACAGUUUACAAGCCAGAAAUAGUCACUAGCCGCUUGGCCUAUAUUCUCUAUGCUAGAUCAUUAUAUCCCCGUUUACCGGACCGUGAUUUAGACAACUGGGGUCGUUUUUGUCAGCAAUGAAAUUUCUAUGAUUUGUACUUCUAAUUGUGUUUUGUUUGAUGGUUAACACUGUCAAGCCUCCCAGCUCUAUUUGUUUAUAUCUCCCAUUAUUUCUAUCAUUUCAAGCGUCUGUAACUUUGCAAGCAAUAGGGUUUACAAAAAUACUAUGCUCAUGACCCACUAGUCCUGCUCUGUGUCACAACUAUUUAAUUCCCUGCAAUGAUGGUCCCACAUAAAAAUGUUUAGCCGGUAGGUCUAUUUUUUCCUAGAAGGAGUACAACUUAACCUAAAGUGUUUGACUUUCUGCCCAUAUGUAUCUCUACUGAUACUACACGUAAACGCGCGCAUACUUCCCAUUCAGUCACGCAGAGUGCUUUUGUAAUAAUACGAAUUUAACGUUCUUUUAGGGACGGCAAUUUAUUCCACAGUGGUGUUACGCGUAAUCAAAAAUAAUUGGUCUUUCACUGCCGAACGUAGGCGAACAUGAGCGGAUACUUACUAGUAUGCAUGUUGCAUUUACGAUACGCCGUAACUUCGAGGAUACAACAAUCAUUUUUUGACCUGUGAUCGCACAAUGCGACUUCAAUUAAAUUCGACUACUGACAAGGAUCCAUAUAUGGGAAAAUGCGAGCAUACUUGUUAUAAAUGUGGCAUUCAUUGGACGCAGCAUCCGAGGAGGCUUGCUUAUGUUUUCAGAAGAUGCACACACGCGAAUGGGUAUAUUUUUACGGACUUGCACAACGGUCAGUUAGCCUAAACAUAUCAUUCAAACAGCAAGUUGAACCUGACUAAAUGUUGUGUAUACGUCUAAAAUCUGAUUGAGAGAUCAAGGUUACUUCCUCGGAGUGUUGGGCUGAGGUAUGCAGAGAUGCGUUUGAAGUAUAUUAACAUAACAGAAGUUCCUCAGAAUAGCUAGGUGGUCAUCAAAUAUUUGAGGUCACGUAAUGGCAGUGAGCACUUCUUUGGGAGAGGAGCGAUAUCAUGAAAUAUAACUCAGACGCUUUAAGAGGCAUAAAAUGUUAUGCUUAUGCUAUAAGCCCACAAAGACAAGACUUACGUGUGCGUAAAUAAAAAUGAAUCGAAGACUAUGGUAAUAUCUUAUAUAGAUAUUUGAACUAAACCUUAAAACCUCCAACAGAUCGCGGUAAGUUAAAUUGAUCGAAACUGCAAAAUCAGUUGUAACCCCCAAGGUGAAACCGAUACCCAUUUUUGGCAUUAAGUUUCGUUUACUCCAAUAAAUGUCAGAGGUCACACUGUAGCUCAAGUUUCUUUGUAAUUUAUACGUAUGCCUGCUAGUCUAUGAAGGAAUAAUUACCAUCCUUCGCGUCACAACAUGAAGCAUUUAGUACCAAAACCCCCAUUACAUAACAAGAGGCGAGCAAAUCAAGAUAAGCGGAAUGCGUCUUUGUUGGAACGACAAUAGCGGUCGCUGAAAACAAUUAGUAAAUGACAAUCCUGCCCAGACGCAGAGUGUCGGGAAUCUAAACACGGAUAAAACACAUCCAGUUCGGUUUUAGACGAUGUGUGUUUGAACACUCGUUGACUAUUUUCAGCGAUUGCGAAUAUACAUUUCUGAAGACUCAGUUAUUUCUGCAACCAACAAUGUUAGGUUUUAAAGUUGGUUUUCCAUUAAGUAAACGUUCAUUCUCUGCAUUUUGACGAUAAUAGGCCGCAGAACAUGUUUCUUAACACCGCAGUAGAAUGAAAAUCAAAAGUUGUUUUGACGGACGGCAGUGCGUAUAUGUGAUUCAGUGGCCCUACUUAUGUCUAUAUAAGUAACUGGCACCAACUGGUUUAUAUCCAUGCGUAAUUGUAAAUUAAUGCACCACACAACAUCCUGGAACGCUCGUAUUCGGCAAAUUGAUGAUGAUAUCACCAUCAUUUCUUCUUAUAAGUGUUUAACGGCUUAUUAAUUUGGUUUUUUUCUAAAUAUUAGUAACCUGAGGAUAUAAACAUCAUUCAUGCUGGCGAUCAUUACGUCGUGGACCUAGAUAUGUGGAUAAACAGACCUGUGCUUUGGUUAUUUCAGAGCGAUAUUCUAUAGGCAGAUAUGUGCUGUCAGGCGACGCGUGUCAGCCCACAUGUCCACGUGCGACCAAUGAUCGUGCGACAGUUUGACUGCCAACGUGGUUAAUUACUGAAACUGCUAUAGUAUAUUAGUAGUGAAUCUGUAUUGCUCUGACAAAAAAAUGAUUCCUCUAAUCGCUGUUCUCAUCUUGUUUCAUUGUGCAGAAUGCUGUUUUUUCAAAAAGGGUGAGUAAUUUUGAAGACUUACAUACUUCCUCAACACAUAAGAAAUAUAGCAUAGAAAAUUGGGGAAAUACUUUGGCUUUGCUACAUCCUAACUAUACUGAUCGUUUCCUGUUCAGCGAUUGCAUAGUAGUGAUUCCUGAAACAUUCUUUUAACAACAGUCGUUUUCCUCAAAAUGCUCACUUAUAAAUGCUUUUGUCUUUUAUAUCCUCAGGAAUACCGAAAUGUCCAAGAAAUGACGAAGAUAUCAUUCCCGAUGAAGUCGCUGAAUAUCUGGCACGUCAGGCCUACCGUCAUGGCUUUGAAAAAGUAAUAUCCCUGGCAGAUAAUUCACAGUUAAAACUCAAAGUGCUCAUACAUCAGACAUCCCUACAUUUCGACUGCACAUUCUUAA